CGCUAUACGCUGCGGUGAGGUCACGUUGCCAUUUUUUUUUGGUGUGUCACACUGAGCGGGAGCGCCUCUCCAUCGGGACCGGACGAACGAAUUGGGGGGCAUCUGAGCGGCGGGCACUGUGCGCACCUGAGCCUCGGCGCCCCCCCCUCCCGCGCGACCCCUUGUCGCCCUCCUAUCGGCCGUGCGCCCAACCGUCAGCCGGCUCUCGCCCUCCCCGCGCGCGCGCGCGCCCAGGCUGAGGCGAAGCUCCAACUGCUUUCCGCAUCUUUCCCGAGGUUGGGAUUGUUUGGCAGGCCUGGUCUUCAAAGAUGGAUUGUAAACCGCUUAUUUCUUUUGGACGUCAGCUUUUCCGUCGUAAAUACGUGGACUGCAGUACCGAAGAAACCAGACUUGCCAGAUGCUUGAACACACUGGACUUGGUUGCGCUUGGCGUUGGCAGCACUCUUGGAGCGGGCGUCUAUGUAUUGGCUGGAGCAGUGGCCCGGGAAAAUUCUGGACCUGCCAUUGUUAUCUCGUUCUUGAUUGCAGCUCUGGCAUCUGUGCUUGCAGGACUCUGUUAUGCCGAAUUUGGUGCAAGGGUCCCCAGGACAGGUUCUGCUUACCUUUACAGCUAUGUUACAGUUGGGGAACUUUGCGCUUUCAUUACUGGCUGGAAUCUCAUUCUUGCUUACGUAAUUGGAACUUCAAGUGUUGCAAGAGCAUGGAGUGCGACAUUUGAUGAGCUCAUUGGUAGACGCAUUGAAAUAUUCUGUCAUCAACAUAUGGCAAUGAAUGCCCCAAACAUAUUGGCAGAGUACCCGGAUAUUUUUGCUGUAUUCAUAAUCUUACUGCUAACAGGAUUAUUAUCGUUUGGCGUGAAGGAGUCUGCAAUGGUGACCAAAGUCUUCACCUGCAUCAAUGUACUUGUGCUAUGUUUCGUCAUGGUAUCCGGCUUUGUAAAAGGUUCAUUGAAAAAUUGGCAGCUCAGUGAGAAUACCUUUAUUAAUGGGACAAACAAUACUGGCUCUGAGAAUUUCACUGAAGGAGACGGUACCUGGCAUUAUGGCUCCGGGGGAUUUAUGCCAUAUGGCUUUUCAGGAGUGCUUUCGGGUGCAGCGACGUGCUUCUAUGCCUUUGUAGGAUUUGAUUGUAUUGCAACUACAGGUGAGGAAGUAAAAAACCCCCAGCGAGCCAUUCCGAUCGGAAUCGUUGCUUCCCUUUUGAUCUGUUUUGUUGCCUAUUUUGGAGUAUCUGCUGCCCUUACUUUGAUGAUGCCAUAUUAUUUACUGGACAAGAACAGCCCAUUGCCAGUCGCUUUCAAAUACAUUGGAUGGGAUGGGGCGAAAUAUGCUGUUGCAGUGGGUUCGCUCUGUGCUCUCUCCACCAGUCUUCUUGGCUCCAUAUUUCCAAUGCCGAGAGUAAUAUUUGCAAUGGCAGAGGAUGGACUGCUGUUCAGGGUGUUGGCCCGAAUCAACAAAAGGACUAAAACGCCACUUAUUGCCACAGUAGUAUCAGGGGUUGUUGCAGCUAUCAUGGCAUUGUUGUUUGACCUCAAGGAUCUUGUGGAUCUUAUGUCGAUUGGGACCCUUCUUGCCUACUCACUGGUGGCUGCUUGUGUUCUGGUGCUCAGAUAUCAGCCUGACCAAUUUUCUAAUGCAACAUAUCAAAUGGCAAAUACCUCUGAUGAUACAGAUUUGACUGAAUCAGCAAGCACAAGUGACUCUCAAGCAGAGGUUUUGCAAGGAAAUUACGGAUUAUCAUUGAAUGCCGUGUUAUUUCCUGAAAAUAUACACCCUACCCAGCAGUCAGGAUCUUUAGUCAGUACAUGUGUGGGUUUCAAUGGGUUAUUUAUUCUGAUAUUGUGCCUAUUCGCUGUUUAUGCAAAAGAUCCUUUGUUGGAGGGGAAACCCUGGUCCAUAUGCUUACUGCUUGUAAUAAUGCUUCUGUGCACGUUUUUCACUGUCAUCAUUGCUAGACAACCAGAAAACAAAACAAAGCUCUCAUUUAAGGUACCGCUCUUGCCCUACUUGCCUGUUGUCAGCAUUGUUGUGAAUGUCUAUCUAAUGAUGCAGUUGGACAGAGGCACUUGGAUACGGUUCGCUAUCUGGAUGGUAAUAGGCUGUGUCAUUUACUUUGUGUACGGAAUACACAACAGCUCAGAAUCUAGUUCUUCCAGGCUUCCCACUGACAGAACUGCAAGGGUCUUUAAGGACACAGUGAGUGUGUCAAAUGGUGAGGCUGUACCUCCAGAGAAGGAAGCUUUCUUACACAAUAUCGAUGAGGAUCCUGCAGAUAGUAGGAACACAGAGGAUGAUGUUUAAAUCAACAGGGGUUCACAUUCUUCUAAUUAUGUGUCUGGCAUCUAACUUGAACAUUUAAAAGUACAACUGAAUGAAUGCUACUUGCAUCAUGUAGGGAGGGAGUAUAUUUGUUCGAACAUGCAGGUGAGGGUUUUGAGUACCAGUGAGCAUUUGUGACUAAGGGUGACGUUGCUAUGUUACUUCAACUCCUUGUUUUUGUAUAACCUCCAAACUACUGGUGACAUUAUUUACACCAAGUGGUUCAAACAAAAUGAUCAAAAUGAUUUUAGAGCUAUUUAUUGGGUUUUAGGGACGGAUACUGUUGGGGAUACUGAACUUUUAGCUUGUGAUUAUGCGCACAAAGUGUAGGUGGAUAUAUAUUUUUGCAAAAGAAAUGCUUUCUUUGGUCAAGUGAGCACUUGUAGAAUAAGUUGAUAGAACGUAUAAAAGUAUCUAUUUUUACCUGGGCUUAGAAUCUCUAUGGUGCACUACUUUCCUUAAGCUUCAGUAGAGGAUGCUGAAUGUCACAACGUGGACAAUCAUUUCCUGCCUGUGAGCUACAAUUUCAGACUGUUUCAUUUGACUUGUUUAAAAGUUAGUUGCUUAAUGAAACAUUGUAGUAAAUCCAGCAAAGAAAGCAAUUUAUUAUGUGGGGACAGAAUAAGACAUUUUCUGAUGCUGAUGCUUUUGUUAAGUGUGGGUUUUUGCUAUGAACUUUUAAUUUAAUUUAUCAUCCCUAUAAUUGGUUUGAUUCUAUAGUUCAGAUUUAUAUAAUAUUUCCAGUGGGUAAUGUUACAUUGUCUUUACGUGUUCUUCUGUAGGUUCACAUGGUGAAAGUAAUCAUAUUACUGUUCUUCCGAUAGUGCACCAAUCUUUAGUUACAGGUGUAUGCUUUUAUUUUUAUGUGAACGAAUUUGGGCUUGAAAUCUGUCUCAUCAAAUAUUUCUCCUCCAGAGAGGAGCGACUUCUGUUGAAUGUUAGUGAAAGCAUUUACAAUCUUUAAAAUCAGCUGGUUAAUUAUUUGAAACAGCAUUGACUACUCAAUCAAUCAAUAUUUCCUGUGGGGUGCAGAUUAACAAAAUCAUUUAAGUUAUUCCCACAAAGUUAAGGUGAUUGGGGAAGGUAUUAACUUAAAUUCUGGAAAUGUGACUCUUCUCAAGCACGAAAUAUCACAAGUUUAUGACUAGAAAUUAGUUUGUAUGACAUUAUAACAAACAGUGAGAAAUGGUAUAUUCACUGAUCAAAUGGAAAUUUAACAAUCUAGACCUUCUAGUUUUGUUGGCUUGCAUUCAUUUUGAAAAUCUUCUUGGGAUGAUUUAUCUUAUCAAACAUUUAACCAACCAUUUCUGAUGUCAAGAGAUGUCAGCCUAAGGCUUGCAGUGAGGAGUCUACAGGCAUUGUUAUCAGGAAACUUGGGCUAUUAUGUUUUAAUUAAGCCCAGGCAUCAUAUGCAUUCAUAUUUUUCCUGUCCUAUCAGUGUCGUCUUUAAAGUUAAAGACAUGGGCUUGUUAUAAAAACUGAACUUUCAUUUCAUGUAUCUGUUAUUGCAAGCUUUAUUCAUUGAUAUAAAUUUGCUUGAAAGCAGAAAUUUGAACUCGAGAAAGACCAAUGAAAGUACUAGGAAAUGGUGUAUACACAACACUAUUAUAUCCAGUUUGGUAGACAACAGAUCAUUAUAGUUAACUAUCUUGAAAGCUAUGUGACGGCAGUGGAAUGUAAGGCAGAUUCUUGUCAUUAUUUACAAUGUGAACACCUGCAAAAUUUAGGUUUAAUCACAGACCACAUUAUACAACGUUGGGUUACAGAACUAGCAAGCUACUAAACCCGUAAGCAAAUUUUCAAAGGUUGUGUCUGUAAUAGCAAAAGAUACUGAGCAAAUUUUUGGCAUCAGGUAUCACUGGAAAUGAAUAAUGGCAAUGUCCCAGAUGAUGGCCAUUGAUAAUAACAAAAUGCCAAGUCCUCAUCACUGAGUAUUAGACCUAUUUUAAUCAUGGAUGGUGCUGUGUGUAUAGCAACAUGUGAUGCAUCACGUGCAUCACGUCCUGGGGUCAGUGUAACACCGGGUGCAAUUUAUUAAUAGUAUUUAAAACUAGUCCAUAAUUCAAUACCAGUCGCACAGGGAUUCCAUUCCUUAAAGAAUAUUAAUGAAUGAUAUAGUGUUUGAAAAUUAUGUUAUGGUCAUUGUAUUCCAUGCCAGGUGACAGAUGUCAGGAUUUAUCAAAUUCAAAAUUGCACAUCAUUUUGGGAUUUGCACCUGUAGCCCACGUGUUCAUGGGAGUAAAUAAAUAAAUAAAGGGAAUUUGCAGCU